AAAAAUUAUGAAUGAAGAUAAGGUCCUUAUAAGGAGUACCGAGCCUGAUAUGGCAAACGUGCGUGACGAUUGGUCAGAAUUAGCUGGGCAGGUGUUUGAAAAGGGCAAGUUACAAGGACGAGGGGCGGGAUCAUGCGUUGACUGACAGCUACGUGCGCGAGUUAGAAAAAGAAAAGGAAACGUCGGAAGGCCGAAGCCAAUAGGAACGUGCAAUGGGCGGGACACCGAGGGUUGCGUUAUGGAAGUGUUGAAAUUAAUGCAUUUACAUUGUUGUGAGAUUUAAAGGGACCUAGCCAUUGCCACACGAGGAGGUUCGGAAAAGCGUUCCGCAUAGUAGCUUCUCUCUCUCUCUCUAUAUAUAUAUAUAUAUAUACAUACAUAUAUAUAGAUAUAUCCGACGGAAGAAACUGCGUUUCCGAAGCGAGGAUUCAUGUAACGGGAAGCGGCACAGAGGAACACAAUACCAGCUCCAAAUCCGGGAAUCGCUUUUUGCCCCAACGUACAGUACUCGACCGAAAAAAAAAAAAACAAAACACACACAAAAAAACAAAGAAUAUUUAAAAGGGGAAACCGUGUGUGAAAAGAAGCAAGAAGAGAAUUCGACAUUCGAUCGGACGAUUUGUUUUUUUUUUUACGCAGUAAGCAAACCAAGGAAGUGGAAUAUCGGAAUAUCCCGGACAAGAAAGAGAGUGACAUCCAGAAAAACACAAAUCGCUCGUUUGUUGGUAAACGGAAUUAACGGGAAUAGUCUCGUCGCUCGUGUGUUUUUGUAAGCACGGGAAGAUCUGUACGUCAGAGUCCGGUUUCAACGUGGAGUUUUAAAGGGGGGUGGGGGAGGCAAGGGGGGGGGUGCUGUGAAUGGACCCGCCAGCUGCUAAACGGAGGUGUACCGGGCUGGUCCCGGCGCCAGUGCUCCGAGAAGGUGCAGCCAGAGGCGUCCAAAAAUGCAGACUGGAGUCGCUGCUGGAUCUCAGCGCCAAGCGGGUGGCAGAGAGCUGGGCAUACGAGCAGGUGGAGGAGCGCUUCUCUCGCAUCCCUGAGCCCGUCCAGAAACGUAUCAUCUUCUGGUCGUUCCCUCGGAAUGAACGGGAAAUUUGCAUGUACUCGUCCCUCAGCUGCCAAGGCCCCGAGGCGGACCGGGAUGGAGGCGUGCCAUUCCAGAGGGGGCUCAAACUGCUGGAGAAGUCCGGAUCCGUGGAGCGGGUUCUCCAAGUCGGACGUUGUGAGCUGCCGCUGUCGGGUCGCAGUUCACAGCCGUAUUUAAUGGCCGUGGGCCGUGUGCGGUUUGUGAAGUUUAAGCCAUCGCUGUUGCUCCGCCAUGAUCCGAUUGAUUUAUUUUUAUCUUUUUUUUAUUUUUUUCUCUUAACAGUUGCCCGCCAAACAGUAUUUAAACGAGCCAUACGAAGCUGGGACCUGCACUGGCGGGACCCUCACCUGCAGCGGAUCCUGCGCGGUGAGGUGGUCGUGACCGGCCAAGGCGGGGUGCACAAGAGAGACCACGGAGAGAAGCUGCUCACCUUCGACCCACAGGGUCGACCAGUCUGGCUGGGAGAGCAGCUCCCCACCGCCUGUGCCCGAGUGGACGCCCUCAGGUCACAUGGGUACCCCAAGGAGGCUCUCCGAUUGGCCGUUGCCGUGGUGCACACGCUCCGCCUCCAGCGACGGCAUCAACUUGAGGCUUACAAGCAGCAGAAGAAGGAGAUGCUGCAGAAAGGCACCACGCUGAUUUCCAACCCCGAAGGGUGGGUGAGCCACCCCCUUGACCCCAUUGGCUGCCUGGUGCGCGCCUUCCUGGAGGCGUGUCGCGUCGAUGAAGAAGGUCCGUCCUUCUACUCAGAUGCCACUUGUGAGCUGAAGAAGCCCGUCUACAUCCAUACACCGGUGCCCUCUGCAACCCCAAAUUCGGGCGAAUCUUACUUCACCAUGGCCCUGGAAGUCGCCCUCCUAGGCCUGGGGCAGCAGAGAGCCAUGACCGAAGGUUACUACGCACAGGACAAGGUGGUGCGCUCAGAGGAGACCCUCAUCUCAGUCCUCGCCGACAUCCCACUGGACGAGAGGCUGCUGCAGGUCAUGCGGCGCCAAACACAGCUGCUGCUGGAAGGUGGUCCGUACAGUGGCUUGGGGGAGGUUGUCCAUCGUGAAAGUGUCCCCAUGCACACAUUUGCUCGUUUCCUGUUCACCUCCCUCCUGCCGCACGAUCCAGAGCUGGCGUACAAAGUCGCACUCCGAGCUAUGAGAUUACCAGUGGUAGAAUCUCAGAUCCACCACAACGACCCUCUGACCUCCAACCCCCUGGACCCCGUUCCUGCCAACCGUUUCCCCCGCUGGUUUGUGUUGGGACAUCUGGAGACACGGCAGUGUGAACUGGCCUCCACCAUGCUGACUGCCGCCAAAGGUGACCCAAAAUGGCUCCACACCGUGCUGAACUCAAUCCAGCAGAACAUCCACAUCCCAGCUCUCUUAUACAAACUGGCACAAGAUGCCUGCAAGGCAGCGACGCCCCCCAGCGGACCCCCGGACAUGACACUGCUCAACGUGGCCCUGGAGCUGGGCCUGCAGGUCAUGAGGAUCACCCUCGUCACACUGAGCUGGGGCCGCAGAGAGAUGGUGCGCUGGCUCGUCAACUGCGCCACAGAUGUCGGGAUGGGCGCCAUUAUCAACAUGAUGCAAGGCUGGUAUAAUCUCUUCACCCCCAUCGAGGCCACCUCAGUGGUGGCAGUCAGUGCCACAUCCCACGCCACUGCCCUCCGCUUAGGCUUGGACUACACACAAAGGGAGGAACUGGGGGCCUGUGCCCGCACCAUGGCACUGCAGUGCGCUGUCAAGGACCCCCAGCUGUGUGCCCUGCCCGCCCUGACCCUCUGCGAGAAAAACCACGGCGCCUUCGAAGCGGCCUACCAGAUCGUGCUGGACUCGGCCGCCACCGGCAUGGGCCAUUCCCACUUGUUUACCAUCGCGCGCUACAUGGAGCACCGCGGGCUGCCCCUGAGGGCCUACAAACUUGCCAGCUUGGCUCUGGCCCACCUGAAUAUUUCCUACAACCAGGAUGCCCACCCGGCCGUGAACGAUGUGCUGUGGGCGUGCUCUCUCAGUCACUCGCUGGGGAAAAACGAGCUGGCCGCCAUCGUCCCGCUGGUCAUCAAGAGCGUGCGGUGCGCCCCCGUGCUGUCGGACAUCCUCCGCCGCUGGACCCUGCCAUCUCCGGGCUUGUCGGGCAUUCCCGGCCGCAGGAACUCUGGGAAAAUGAUGGGAACGGACAAGGCUCCUCUGUGCCAGAUGCUGGAGGCGGCCAUCGGCGCUUACAUUAACACCACGCACUCGCGGUUGACUCACAUCAGUCCGCGGCACUACGGCGAGUUCAUCGAGUUCCUGGGCAAAGCACGCGAGACUUUCCUCAUGGCGCCCGAUGGGCAUCUGCAGUUCGGACAGUUCAUUGAAAACCUCAAGCAGACCUACAAAGGCAAGAAGAAACUCAUGCUGCUCGUCCGGGAGCGGUUCGGGUAAAUCGGCCCGAAAGGAGCACGAGAUUCGAAAAGCGCCAUCAGCGGGACCCACGAAUGGAAGGAUUACAAAAUGCACAGACACUGCGCAGGGGGGAGCGCUGGACCCCCUUCUGCGACCUUGGAAUCCACGACAUGAAGAGCGCGCCUCGAGGAGGUACUGCUGCGAGAUUUAAAUGUUAAUGUGAAGUUCUUUUUUUAAGUUCUAUGUUAUUUAUUUAUUUAAUUAUUUGGCUAAAGAAUAUGUGUGCGGUGACAAGUUGGGGGGGGGUCACAUCGCGAGUGCGGGUCGGGCAGGGCAGCAGGGGGGGCUUUCUUUAGAUAAAAAAAAAAAAAAGGUUUUGAAGAAAAGCAAACGCAAGUGUCCUCCUUCCAUCGGCCAGCCUUUGGGAGUUUUAGUAGGAUGAGCGGCCCUGCAGGGAUCGGGUACAACGACACGUAUGGCGGCCCACCCGUCUGUCGCGCUUCCGGGGUGGCACAAAUGAGAAUGGGAUUGGAACGCCACCCACCACUUAUGCAAAAUAUUGGACCAAAAAUUGCAAACCAGAAAAAGAAAUUAAUUAAAAAGGAGUUGUGAAUCCCUAAUUGCUUUAAAAUGGCUACGAAAAAUAUAAAGGCAAACAUCUCCCCCCAAAAAUAAUUGUGCAUGUUGUCAGUAAUUACAUUCAAGAUGGCGGAAUUU